AUGAUGUCCCAGACUGGGCAGCGCGUGGAGGCCGUACUGGAAUUUGGAUUUAUCUCCCAGCCCACGCGGGAGAGACACAAUACGGCCCCAACUUACAGCUGGAACUCCACUCGCCUCUUCUCCUCGCACUUCUCUUACUUUUGCGCUCUGUUUCGCCUCAUUAGCUCGCCUCCUGAGCGCCCGCCAGUGCCGGGCACCACCAGUUGCUCCUCGGCCGCCCCCUCCCGCGCGUGGUACGGCCCGGCGGGCGCGCAUCCAGGCACAGGUUAUAAAGGCCCUGCUGCGGCAGCCGACUGCGGGGUCAACUUGCGCCCGCAAGAGUUGGGGCAGGGUUCAGCCGUCGACUGGCCGGGACCCGGCGAUCCGGCAGCAGUCACCCCAGCUCCUCAGCCCGCAGCCAAUCCCGCUCCAGAGCCCUCCGCCGAGCCUGAACCCGCCCCUGUGCAGGUACCGGCGGCAGGACAGGCAGCAGGAUCCGGAUCCGCAACCGCCUCGGGACCCUCAGCGGGAGCUCGCCCGGCCUCCAAGGCUGGAUCGGAGGCAGGAGUCCAGCGCGCGUCCGCAUUCUCGGCAGUCCAGGGGAAUGCCCAGUCCGUGCCCGACAACUCGGACGCGCCGCGGACUCGCUUCAUAUUCCAAGGUCCAUUUGGCCCCCGGACCGCUGGCUUGGGGACUGGAAAGGCAGCGGGCAUCUGGAAGACGCCGGCUGCCUACAUCGGCCGGCGGCCUAGGGUGUCGGGCCCCGAGCGCGCCUCCUUUAUUCGGGAGCUGGAGGAAGCGCUGUGUCCUGACCUACACCCACCAGUCAAGAAAAUCGCCCAAGAAGAUGUCAAAGUGAUGUUAAGUUUGCUAGAGGAGAGAGAGCGGGACCUGAACACGGCAGCUCGCAUUGGCCAGUCCCUGGUGAAACAGAACAGUGUUCUGCCGGAGGAGAACAGCAAGCUGGAAGCCAUGCUGGGCUCGGCCAGGGAGGAGAUUUUACAUCUCAGACACCAGGUGAGCCUGCGGGAUGACCUCCUUCAGCUUUACUCAGACUCUGAUGAUGAAGAGGAGGAGGACGAGGAGGAUGAAGAAGAAGAGCGGGGGCAUGGUCAUCCCUACGAAGCCUCAGAUCCGACUCCUCUGACAGAGUCAGAGGCACACCACUGCCCGCAGCUGGAGGCCCUGCAGGAGCGGCUGCGGCUGCUGGAGAGGAGAACGAGCAGCUGCGAGAGGAGGUCUCUCAACUCGAUGACCUUGAGGAGGAGGGACAGAUGUUCAUCCUGGGUUGUGUGGAGCAGUUUUCGGAGGCCAGCCAGCAGAUGGCCGAGCUGUCGGAGGUGCUGGCGCUCAGGAGGCAGAACUCUGAACAGCAGCAGAGGGAGGCUGCCCAGCUGCGGGCCCAGGUCACGAAGCUGCAGCAGUGCUGCCAGGCGUAUGGGGCUGAGGCUGAGAAGUUGCAGAGAGCUGGCUUCGGAGAAAGAAAUCCAGAUGCAGCUCCAGAAUGAGGCUUCCCCGCCCCCUGGGGAGAGAGUGGGCAAGGCGUCUGGGCUGGGUGCGCCUGCGUCCCAGCAGAGCCUGUGGGCGGGUUCCCAGCUGCAGGACCUACGGGAGAAGUACUCUGAGCGUGGGAGCAUGCUGACUGAGGCCCAGGAGGAGGUGAAGACCCUCCGCCAGCAAGCCCCGGCGUCCACUGGCUCUGUUACCCACUACACGUACGCUGUACCUCUGGAAGCACUUCCUGAUUUCCAGGAGGCCCUGGCUGAGGAGCUCAGAACGUCUAUAAGGAGGAUUAUCUCAGACCCUGUGUUUUUUAUGGAAAGGAAUUAUGAAGUGACUCCAGAGGAGACCUCAGAUCUGGGCUAUGAGCUGCACUACAGUGAAGAUCGAGAGCAGGAGCAGGGGCUCGAGGCAGAGGAGGGGCUGACGUCGGCCGAGGAUUUCGCGCCUGCGGAGGAGUUCGUGCCUGAGGAGGAGCUGGGGGCCACAGGAGAGGCGCUGCCAGCUGACGAGGGGGUGACGGAAGAGGCAGAGCUGGUGUCUGAGGAGGCUGAGGCCUGGGAAGAGGUGGAGCCCGAGCUGGAUGAGGCAACGCGGAUGAAUGUGGUCACGUCAGCCCUGGAUGCCAGCGGCUUGGGCCCCUCAUGCCUGGACAUGAAGUAUGUCCUCCAGCAACUGGCCAACUGGCAGGACGCCCAUUACAGGCAGCAGCUGCGGCAGAAGAUGCUCCAGAAAGGUGAGUGCUCCCGUGGGGGCCUCCCUCCGGCCAGCUGGACAAGCUGCAGAUCGUCAAGCCGAUGAAAGGUGAGGAUAGGUGAGCCCCCCAGACGCUCACUUACCCCAGCCCGGCCCCACCCAGCGUGCUGAUUUGCAUGGACUUUGCAUAUCAUUUACAUAGGCACCUCAGGUCCCCCUCAGUGGGAACUGUGGCCCCAAUGCUUAUUUACGUGGAGUUUGCAUAGGAUUCCAGAUCUUCACCCUUUUUGCUCCUGGGGCUGGGCUGGGGGUCAGGGCGCGGACUGUAGCCCCUCACUGCGUCUCAGCUUCCUGUCUCGGCCCGCCCCCAUCCCGUGUCCCCCCCACCCCCACCUCCCGCAUCCCCAAGGCUCCUCAACCCUGCAGCAGGGGCAGGAGCCAAAACAAACAUGGGGGGCGGGGUCGUGGAGCAGCAGCUGGGGGGCCGACCCACGACUUUCGGAGGCUGGAGGAGGAGAGGGCCAAUCACCCUCCCAGGGCCUGGAAGGACAUUCCCAGGCCAUUAGGACAAAAGCCUCUGCCAGCAAGGGCCACAGUCGGACCAGUCCCCUGGGUGAGUCUGAAGGUGGGCUAGGGGCUCCUACAGGGUGAUGGGGGGCGGUUAAGGUCUCCUCUCCCCAGCUGGAAGCCCCAAAGGUUGGGGAGUAACACCUGUUGAGUACAGGCCUUGUGCUAGGCUGUGAGAGCCCUGCCUUGAGGAGUUCAUGGAGAUAUCAAAGAUGAUUUAGUGAUGCAAAUUAUCUUCUCUAAUCCUCACAGCCCUGUAGGUACGUAUUAUCCCCGUUUGGAGAGGAAACGGAGGUUCAGAGAGCAAAAUAAUUUGUUCAAGGCCACUGAACCCGUUUUCGUCACUGCUAUGCCAUAAUGACUUCCCUGACCCAUCCCUCCCCUCUAACCCUGUCCUGGUGCCUUCUUGGCCUUCUGGGUGAGCUGUGAUGUUUAUAACCUGUUGGCAGCCUCACCAUUACAUCUGAUCUGCCCUGACUCUGAUGGCCGUUUGGUCACUGCUGGGUGGCCUCAUCGGGGUCGCCAUGUAAGGUUGUGCAGGUUGUAAACUGAAUGGUGACCUCUAUGGCUAGACAACCUGCAUAACUCAAUGGUGGCUGUCUCUUUCUGAUAUAGCUGACGAGGCGUAGCCCCUGCCUGCUGCCCAGGCCAGACCUGUGGUCCUCAGGCCCCCAGUUCACGUCCACCCACUUCUUUUCCAGGCUUUGCUGUUUCCCAGCAGCCUGCAGAGGCCCCAUAGACAGCCUGAGGCCCCUCCUUCCGCUGCCUGGCCAAGCCCCACCCUCCCCAGACCUCCCUUCCCUUGCUCAGAAACCGGACCCCCGAUCUGUCACCAGCCCACCCGCUGUCCUGAUGAACCUGGGCCGGAACUUGAGGGCCCAAGCCUUGACCCUCUUCUGGGACAGGCUGAAGGAACCCCGGCCCUCGUUCUGCAGCUGGUGCAAAAGCUGUGGCUGCUGGGCCUGGAUCACUUGGUGGCCCCAGGGGCGUAAGAAGCUCAGGGGGCGUAAGAAGCCCAGGGGGAGGCCCACCAGCUACCAGACUCGGCUCUGAGCUGGGGCAGGGCUCAGGCCCGGGGUGUAGGAAGUUGUUUUGAGCACCUUGGUCACUACAUGCCCCUCACCCCUUGACCCCCAAUCAAAGGUGGCUUCCCAGUCCUUGGUGACUUUUAGGGACCUGGUCGUCUUUCCCGGUUCUUAGCUCUUUCUUCUCAGUCCCUAAUUGCUGUGUGUAACCAGAAGCAUCUGUCUGUGUGGGCGAGGACUCCCUCUGCCCGGGAUGGGGGUGCAGGGCUCCCUCCCCUCCCCUGCCCUCCCCACCUCCCCACCUGUGGCCUGUGAGUGUCCAGGCUCCCUCCCAAGGCCCUGUCACUCCCCACCACGUCCUCUCCUCAGUGCCCCUUGUUUCCUUGUUCUAGAUGUUUCGCCCUUUCCCACCCUUUACUCAUAAACACCUGGAGUCAGGGGCUCAGGCCCCCGUCGGUAUCUGCCCACCUCCCCACAGUGCUUCUCAUGCUUCUGUUGCUUGUCAGACCGUGUACGUGCCGGUGAAGGAAAUAAAGGACCUGUGCGCUACCUG